AUGCAUCCUGAGGAUGUUGUGUACUUGUCGCUGUUAGUCUUAGAUGACAGUCGGAUGCCUCUCCGACUCUGAAGGAGUAUCCCCGGGAUCAGCUGCUAGAAUGAAGGAUUGCUCAUUCACACUAGUAGAUCAGGGCACAGAGUUCUCUGAGGUGCAGCCAUUGAUCCAGGUUUGUGCUGAGUUGGCUCGGUCCUGUACCCCUGAAAGCAGGGAUGACUUUUUUCCCCCAUUUAGUGCAGAUCAAGUGGAAUCGCUGGUAUGGUUGUUGGAGGAGGAUCCAGAUUGCUUCCAUCAGCACUAUGCAGCAUGUCCAUCACAUGUGCUGAGGGAGUGUAUAGACGCAGUGCAGUCAUUGAUCAGACAGGCUAUGUGUAAGCUGAGUGUUGUUCAACCCAUACUGCAGACAAGGACA